CACUUGAACGCGCGGAGGGGGAGGAGGGCUGCGAGAGAAAACAAACCGAGAAAAUUGUUCGCCUGAAACGAAAGUACCACUACCAAGUGCCAUUCGUCCCCCACCGUUAUUUGUUUUCGGAGCGAUCUGUGCGAUUGCGAUGUAGUUUUGUCGACUUCACGCUGCGGUGUUGUUGCUCCUUUCCAAGCAUCCGGUAAAAAUAAUAUAAGUGUCUGUGGGGCUACUGUACGGACGGCCAGUGCAGAACUGUUCUGAUGUGUCAAUAAGUUUGAGGCUGGAAUGAGAAGGCCCUGGCGUUCCGACCGGAUUUCAGGGGUCAUCUUCAUCGCAUGAUACAGCCUGACUGACAGAUCCAUCCUCAUCUUUCAAAUACCGUAUUUCCAUAUUCUGUGGCUCUGGUCAGCAGCAGAAUGAAGGGUGGAGGUGGAGGGAAAGAGCCUCCGGGGGAGGGUGAGGUCAGCGGGAAGAGACCCAAACGCAAGUGUCUGCAGUGGCACCCGCUGCUGGCCAAGAAAGCUCCAGACUUCUCUGAGGAAGAGGAGGAGGAGGACGAAGAGGAGCUGGAGAAGGAGCCGGUGUUAUGUGCGGAGAGCAGUGUUCAGGAGGGAGAGUGUGGCGGGAUGGAGGAUGACAGUGAAGAAUACUCCUCUGAACAGCGGGCUCGGCGGCCCAUGAACGCCUUUCUGCUAUUCUGCAAACGCCAUCGCUCGCUGGUCCGUCAGGAACAUCCACGAUUAGACAACCGAGGAGCCACUAAAAUCCUGGCCGACUGGUGGGCCGUACUGGACCCCAAAGAAAAGCAGAAAUACACAGACAUGGCCAAGGAGUACAAGGAUGCAUUCAUGAAGGCUAACCCCGGAUACAAAUGGUGUCCCGCCACCAACAAGCCAGUAAAGAGUCCUUCUCAUUCCGUUAGUAAUUCCCGCAAGAAGGUCUGGUCUCUUCCCUCCAACCCAAACAAGGACCCAUCAGUUGCCAAAAAAACAGCCCAAAAACUGGACAGCACACCUCAGCUCAACUUCGCCAUGGCUGAUCCCAAUAAAAUGGGUGGUCUAAGCAUGCUGCUGUUAGCUGGGGAACACGCACUGACCCGCCAGAGAGGUGUAAUGAAGAAGAUAUAG